ACUAAAAAACUGGCAGGCUUUCUCUGCCGGUUCACCAAACUCACCUUUCUGGUACAAGUACUUUAGGUGCAGUGUCUUUGUCUCUGCAUGUCGGAAGAGAUAAAACUAAUAUUUUCAGAAAAAUGAGAAGUUAGAACACCGGCAGAACAGAUUAUAAGAUUACCGUUCUCUGGUUUCACUGAUCGAGACUGCGCCAUGGCCACUACAAACGUGUAUAUAGUGUUUUACUCCCUGUACGGGCAUGUGGAGACCAUGGCGAGAGAGAUACAGAAGGGGGCGAAUUCUGUGGAUGGCGUCAAAGCAACACUUUGGCAGGUUCCUGAGACCCUUCCCGACAGGGUUUUGGAGAAGAUGAAGAGUCAUCCCAAAGCCGAUGAUGUUCCUGUGAUCUCGCCUGAACAGCUUUUGGAGGCUGAUGGUUUCCUCUUUGGUAGCCCUUCUAGGUUUGGGGUGAUGGCUGCUCAGAUGAAGGCUUUUUUUGAUGCCACACAUCCGUUGUGGGCCACUCAAGCUCUCGCCGGAAAGCCCGCCGGAAUCUUCUGGAGUACCGGCUUCCAUGGCGGCGGCCAAGAACUUACAGCGUUAACAGCAAUAACACAAUUAGCACAUCAUGGCAUGAUAUUUGUGCCUGUUGGAUACACUUUUGGGAGUGGAAUGUUUGAGAUGAAUGAAGUGAGAGGAGGGUCCAGCUAUGGGGCUGGAACAUAUGCAGCAGAUGGAUCUCGUCAGCCCACACAACUGGAACUGCAACAGGCCUUUCAUCAAGGGAAGUACACUGCAGAAAUCACCAAGAAGCUCAAGACCAAAACUUGAAUCAUAGUAUGAAUAUAUGCCCAGAUCUUGAUCACAACUGUAUAUCAACAAAAGUUUAGUUGCACAUGUACAUUGUUGUUUUGUUCCCAACAUCUAAUUUAAAGUAUAACUAUUAUUAUAAGCUCUCAA